GCUCUUCCUACAGUAUCUCUUUCUUUCUGUGUCUCUGUGUACAUACAGUAUGUAGUUGCUCUAAAAUACAUUACAGCCUUUCUUGGUUGCGAUUCCCGCAUCGGACAUUCAGUGAACAGGGCAGGGGUUGUCAGCUGGACAUCUACCUCCCUUCUCUUUCUGACACACACGACUGGCCAAGUAAAAGCAGAGGCAGACAGCUGCCUUCGGCCCCACCAGCCAUGGAGGGACUCUACUUUGAAGUGAAGCCCAGAAGAGAUGAACCCUCCAGGCCAGGGAGCGCUGAGAAACCCCUUCCUAACAUAACUUUAAACCACCGCUCAUGUCCAUCACUUUCACAUUUCACCUCUUCCACACUGUGUCCUCAGAAACCCUCUUCUGCUAGGGAGAGGAAUACAACAUUGGGGGAAAAGGUUGAGGAAGAAGGAGAGGAGGAGGUACGAUACAAACUGAUAUUGAUCGGUUCUCUGCCCGUCCACCACCUGACCACCAUGGCCAUGCUGCCUUGGGUGGUGGCUGAGAUCAGCAAGUCUCGGCUUGCAGAGAAGAAUCUGGGUGCUGGGUUGCGGUCUGGUGGACAGUUGGACCCUUCUACCUGUAAUCAGAAAGUUUUUCUGUGUGCGUCAGCAUCAUUGGUGCGAUGUGUGUCCGUACUGGGAGAGGGAAUUGUCUGGGACCCUUUGACACACACAGUGCUGUUUGAAUGUCGUCCUCACCAAGUGACAAAGCUAAUUCACAACAGCCAGGAGCCUAGCAGCUUUGGCUGCCUGGUCAGAGAUGCAAAAAACUGCGCCUGCUAUGUCUUCCAGUGCCAGGACAGCACCAAGGUACGUGUUUGUCUAUACAUUAGAUGAUAUGAGAUUAAACACUAGUGUCUUGGCUGUAGGCAUAAUGUAGAGGCGUAUGCAAUGUUACAAACAGUAGUGGAAAUGGUGAAGUGAAUCUCCACGCUUUAGCCAAACUAGAGCUCAAACAGAUGCAUCAACACUUACUCAAUAAGGUGCACAUGAAAAAGCUUUUACUAUAAACGUCUGCUCCAGACCUCAUCACUCCAUAUUGUGGGUCAAUUACCCAUACAUACAGUAUGUGUUCAAUACCGAUUAGCAGGAUUUGUCUGCUGUAAAUAGCUUUGGUAACUACAAGACAACAGACAACUAAACACUCUGCAAAGGCCAAAUCACCUGUUCUCCAAUGGCAGAUGCACUGAUCUUAGGCAGUGUCCUCAUUUAGGAUCAGUGGCCUGAGGGUAGAUGUCAUCUGUGGCGUUGUCAUUGUGUGAUAACCUGGAACGUGCUCCAGACUGCGUCGUGUAGUGCAGACUGUAGGGCGGCCGUUGAUUGGCUUGACCAUUUCCUGACCUCACGGCACACGCGCCAUAGUUUUUUUUACAUACUUUGACCACAGCAAGAUGGUCGCUCUUCCCAAACGCAGGUAGUGAUUCCACUCUAUAGUCGUUUUUGAAUGGUGUAUAGCAGUGAUCCAGAGUGUUUACUCCCCUUGUGGUACAGUCAAUAUGUUGAUGGAAUUCAGGCGUAACCAUCUUUAUUAAUUUUUUUAAGAAUAUUUUUUGGGCAUUUUUAGGCCUUUAUUUGACAGGACAGCUGAAGACAUG